AUGUGUACUCCUAAAGUGGGGUCUCCUAAAGCUUUUCAAACUUCCCUAGAGCCAAAUAAAGCUUCCCCGUUAAAGAUGAGUUCUCUGGGAAGGAUGAGGACACCAGAAAUCAUGAAGGUUGGACUCACCCAGGAAAAAAAGGACGACUUAAUAGAGAGGGCACUUGGGGAUUCAAAAUCUUCCACGGACCUGGGGCUUGAAAUGAGACUAGAACAAAAUCCAAGGUGGAGGGAGAGGAUGGCAUCACCAGAAACAAAAUCGCCGCCUUGCCAUGCUCUUGGAGUAGGAUUAGAAAGACGUACUCUUUCUAGGACGCCUAUGGAGUUGGAUACUUUAGGAUGCCACAGGGGCUCCCCUUUCCAGAGACCAAAACCUCUGGGUGUGUUACCAGGAAGAGUGGGGUCAGAAAACGAGGGUCUUCUGCCUCGUUUUCUUUUGGGCACAGAGUGUGCAAGUCCACAGGCGGCGGGGAGCACAAGGACGCCUGUCACCUGUGGACCUGCAAGGACAGAGGCUAUAGCAGAAAAGCAGCCUGUUGUGGGUUUGGAACUCAGAAAAGAACUGGAGAAAGAGCCCAGCUGUGUUGUGGUGAACCCCUAUGCAGAGAAGCCCUCCCAGGAGGUAGACAUUGGGUUGCAACAAACCCAGGAACCAGGUGAAUCCAAGAAUGAAGAGCCUCAAAUAGGCUUAGUAACAGAACCUUCUGAGUGCCCAUUUGCCCAACAACCUGAGGAGGAACAGGAACCCACGGCCAUGGACCCUGGAGUGGAGGCUCCAGCACACAUCAGACCCAUAUAUUCUGGAAAAUUCUUUGACCGGAUGCCUUGCUGGCCAAGUGCAGGAAAAGUUAAGCCAGUUGGAUACAGAGUUGCAACCUGUUUGACGGAAAAACUUCCCAGGCUUACUACUCCCCCAGAGGCAAAGAAAUAUUUCAAUUUCAGAUAUCCACCUCCUGGAGAAGAAAGAGUAUUUUAUGGCAGAGCAAAUGAUCCCCAAAUUGCACCUUAUUUGACACAUGGAAUAAGAACUAAAAUUUCAAUACCGGUGAGCACAUUGGUAAACCCACAGCCCAUUACCACAUUUCAACAGAAAAUUAAAGACAAAAAAGAAUCUAUAUAUUUUAGCAAUCAACGGGCACCACUGGGAAAAUCUCAUGAUCAAACACCAGGAUUGCCUAAAGGAAUGGAUAUACUCAACACAACAUUUGGGACACCAGUUAUCAGAGAGCUGUCUGCUAGUGACAUUGUGAAUCCACCAAAAGCCUUCGAAGAUGUGUUUAAAGAAGGACAGGAAGGACAUGAUUUGUACAUUGUCUCUCACCAUGAUUAUUUUGCAGGAGAAGCAAAGAAUCGAGCAUAUAACCCAGAAAGUUUCCAUAGGUUUAACUUGUAUGGAGUCCCAACACCUCAUUUUAAUGACGGGCGCACGAUGGCUAAAACUUUAUAUUGGCUCCAUGAACUACAAAUGAAACGAGGAGCUAAAAUUACAUCCCAAAGGGCUGAUGACUUCAAGGAAAAGUUUCAACACAAACUUGGAAGAGUUUUAGACCCAAUUGCAGAAACUAUGAAUGUUGACCCAGGCCACACAUUUGGAGCUUGCCUCCAGCCUGAGGACUAUGGAGCUGGUGAUCUCAUCCAUUACAGACACCCUGGUGAAUAUCUUCGUGGCAAAGACCGCCAGCGAGCCGUGAUUGCUGCGGCUCGUCAUCACUUGAAGAAAUUUAAUUACCAGCACUUUAACACUUUGCUGUCGGCUUUCAGGCACUAUGACAAGAAAGGAGAUGGGAUGAUCGACAGAGAAGAACUGCAUGAAGCUUGUGACCAGGCAAACCUGCAUCUAGACAAGGUGCUUCUGAACCAGCUGUUUGAUUACUGUGAUGUGGAUCAGGAUGGCCUGAUUAACUAUCUGGAAUUUGCCAAUUUCCUUAACUGGAAAGACAAAGUACCUCUCACAGAGUAUGAGAAGAGAGUCAUUAUUAAAGUUAGUAAACCAGACUGUGAAAACAAUACUGAGACUAGCGUGGGAGAAGCUGAACCAACUCUUCUGAUUCGGCCUGAAGAUAUCGUCCCAAAAGAACCAGGGAGUUCAGAAGAGACUCUCCGGGUACUCCUGAGACCAAGUGACAAAGUUUCAGACCACUAUAAGACAACUUCUUCUGAGAUCAGUGCAACUGUUGGAGCUGUUCCUUCUAUAUGUUACCCCAUAUAUGGUGUUCCGACUGUUCGAUCUGACAUUCCCGCUCCUCGGAUUCGUCGUGUCAGUGACAGAAAUAACUAUGGUGAAGACGGCAAUGCUUACUCCCUGCUGCAGCCCUCCAUCUUCUCCCAGAAAGGCGUGUUUGAGAGAGACUUCUUCAAGUCCAGAUCAAAGGAAGAGAUUUCAAAUAUAUUAACUAACAUUGGAGUCAAGCUUUCUGAUGAAGAAUUUGAAAAUGUAUGGAACCUCGCGUCAAAAAAACACCACAGAGGAGAAGUUUGUGUUGAGACCAUCAGGAAUGUUCUAGAUGAGCUGCAGCACGCAGGCCUAGUCAAGUGUAAAACGGUCAUGUGA